GUUCGAAAUCCACGUAGAGCGAUCUUGGAACAACCCGAGUUUACAAGGAAAGAAAAUUGGAUGCAAUUAUGCCUACGAACCGAGCGUUUCAAUUUUUCCUCGUAUAUUUCGAAGUGAUCUUGAAGAAAGAGAACUUUUGCUAGUGCCAUUCGACGUAAAAGUUGACAAAGAAGAGUUUCUGUGCCUUCCUCCGUAUCUUUCGUCGUUCAAGAAUGAUUUCAUGCAACACUCGUUUCGAAACUUCCUGCAUAUGCAUAAGGUGUCCCCGAACCGGCGCUGUCUGAACCAGCUCAACAGCUGAUCGGAGUACGAAGCGGCGGUGAACGGGGCCACUUUUGCACCAACCACCCCGCGACUGGAAGAAGCAGAAAUUCGAUACGCUAAUCGUUGCUGGUUAACGGCCAGACAAUUCCACGUAGAAGAAAAGAAGCUCGACACUUGAUAAAAGGAGAAAGCCAGCGAAUAGAGGGACGAGAGAGAGAGAGAGUGAGAGAACCGACUAACCGCGACAAGGGCGAAAGUAUCUUUUGCUUGUUUGGACACGCCAUCAUGGUCAAAACUUUUCAAGCGUACCUGCCCUCGUGUCACCGCACUUACUCGUGCAUUCACUGCCGUGCUCACCUCGCCAACCACGACGAACUCAUCUCUAAGUCCUUCCAGGGCAGUCAAGGUCGUGCCUAUCUCUUUAAUUCCGUGGUGAACGUGGGCUGUGGUCCUGCAGAGGAGCGAGUUCUCUUGACUGGCCUUCAUGCUGUUGCUGAUAUUUACUGCGAAUGUUGCAAGACCACCCUUGGGUGGAAAUACGAGCAUGCGUUCGAGUCGAGUCAGAAGUAUAAAGAGGGCAAGUUUAUCAUCGAGCUUGCUCACAUGAUCAAGGAAAAUGGAUGGGAAUAAACGGUUGAGGGGAACAACAACUAAUACGUCCCCGCUACAACAGCGCCCAUCGAACAUUUCCUGAUAACAUUUACGCCUACAAUGUUGUUCUAAUUGCAAUGUGCGGCUCCCCUCCCCUCUGUCAAACCACCAACGAAAGUCUGUGAUUUCAUUUGUGAUUUGUAAUCUUAGUAACUUUUUAUGUUUCGGACAAUUCGACACUGUUUUAAGUUCUUUCCGAUCGAUUGGUCGUCGUGCGAACGAUGACACCGGUGAUCCGCGGUGUCGCGGAUCGAUCACACGAAGAAGUAUUGUAAAGAAAUUAUUUUUCAAAGAAAAGCAAAAAGAAAAAAAGAAAACGACGGAACAAGAGAAGAAAAGUAAACCGAUAAAAAAAACGUAAGAAAGAAAGAUUAAAAAAACUAACAAACAAACGGGUAGAGUAUAAGAAACUAAAAGAAUAAAAAGAAAAAGAAAAGAGAAAAAAAAGGAGAAAAAAAAAAAGGAAACGAUGUUAAUAAGCGAUGGUGAAUAUGAUGACGAAGGUGCCAUGGUGGAAAUAAAUAUGGAGAAUCGUUUUGUUCGAACAAUGGGGUGCCCCCCUAAUUUUAAUUCAUUAUCUUGGUAAGACAUUUUCUCGCGGAAUGUCGAAACGAUACAUGGUAAAAAUUAACGCGCGGGGCACCCCGGUCGAGAUCCAAGUUUUUUAAAUCCGUUAUUGCACCGGAGCAGCGCAAGUGCCACAGACUUUGCUGGACUGACUGCCUGCCUACCGCGUCUAUCAUUGGAAUUUCACUGCCGAUAUUCCUAAUAUUAACGAUUAAGAUGGCUGCGUCGCAUGGUAGGCGGCGCGGUGGUAGUUUUUAGUAUAGCUUACGAUAUAGCAUACUAAAGCCUAUGUUACAAUAUUAUAGGACCUCAUGGAUUAUAGAACAUAAGGAUACGUAAGAGUAACGACGGUGUACCGAGACGGGAAGAAAGAGCGUAUAUGCCGCCUGAGCAUGUGUGUGAUGUAUGUGUGGACGCGUGUAAGACGGAAAGAAAGAAAAUAAGGAAAGAUGGAAAAGGUUGAAUUCAUUGUGUCCGCGUGUACGUGUUUGAUUUUAUGUUCACCAUGCCUGCCAAACUGUCUGUUUAUCUGCCAGUCGCCAUUACUGUAGGUGAAAGAAAAAAAUAAUACCGUAUUCUAACAUGUUCACGUUUUCGUCGGCUCUGCAGGGUGUGGUAUGACUGAAUCUUUACGUUGUGAAAUCAUUGGACUGCGCCUUCCUAUGCACGCACUACGAAGAUAUACAUAUUAUUAUGUAAUGUAUCGAAACGAGGAAAAAACGAAACAAAACAAAAAGAAAAAUGAACGGAACAAAUUAAUUGCUCAUUACUUUUAAUAUCGAUCUCAUUUGUAAAUAUUGAAUAGAGUUCAGUGACAUCACCGGAAUCACUACUAUUCGUAAAAGUGAACUCGCGUGUUCGCUAAUCUCGAGUCCCGAACAAUUGAGAUUUUCAUCGGUCAUUAACGCGAGAACUAAAUUUUAUCAUUCAUACCGAUUUCUGUGUAUCAUUUCUUCUCGUUGUACCGACACGUAUGACGUAGCGACAUUCAAAUAUAAUUAAGUUUUCGAUAGGCUAUCACGGUGAUGAGCGGGCAAUCAAUCUGCCCAUCACUGCGCUAUCACGUUUCCGAGACUGCUUGUAUAAAUUAAAGAACGUUACUAAUAUUUAGGCGGCUUUUUCUGUUACCUUCGUUACUAAUAAACUUUUUAUAACAACGCGAUCAUUCAAAUUCGAAUUUUAUUUAAGCUUAUUUUACGGAAUUUUAAUCGACGAUAAUGUUGCAGUUUAAGUUUAGAUAUAAUUUUGUUUGCAUUACAGCGAAGGUAGCAAAUUAUGUGCAGGCGUGAAAAAAACGUUUAUUUUAAUGUCGGAAGUGUAUCGUAUCGAGUACAGGUACAAUUGUGACAUAAGUGUACAAAAAUCGAUUGGUUUUCAUUAAAACUAGAAUUUUUGACAAGCAUAGAUUGAGUAAUGGAUUUAACAAUCAGGUGGAGUAAAAUGAUGUUUUAAAACACU